UAGAUGAUCAUGAUCUAAUAACUUAACUAGUAUUCGACAAUGAUUGAAUGCGCAGCAGGUCUGAUUUAAACGUCCUCUAUCAUUCUAUUCUGACUAUGAACAACCAAUAGCGCUCUUUUAAAUUACCUGUUUCUCGAUUAGACUUCGGAAAGAGGAAUUAAACACAAAGAACGUUUGAGAUUGACAAGACCCUCAUUGAACUAUUCAUAUUGUCUUUGAUUACAAAAAUUUUUUCCUCGCUUUUUUUUCAAUCGACAUUAAAGAAGUCAUUACAAAAGCCAUUCAAUAUGCGCGAAAAGAACUCGAAGUAUUCACGCCUGGAGGAAUUCCCGGAAGACGAGACGAAUGGUGUUCCGCAAGGAAAUCUGGGAUUCGACGACAUUCACAUGACCUAUUUUGCUGAAGUAUCCAAAACAUGGCAUCACAUUGAGAAUCUAGACGACUUUUUCAGAAGAAUUUAUUUGUAUCAUCAACGCAACGGCUUCAUAUGCAUCGCUACCUCCGAGUUCUUCUCGCUUGUUCAAUUCGCCUUUGUCGUCUUUCUUUCUACUUUGCUAGCCCAAUGUAUUGAUUACCCGAAGCUUUUCAACUACGCUGAUCAUGUGCAUCUUAAUAUCUCGGACUACACAACUAAAGACAAAACUGUAGUGUUUGACUGGCCGCAGCGGGUUAAGAUCGCAGACGUUGUCUACCCUUUGGAUCAAUGUCUAAUGAAGGGGUCGACAUUUAUGCAUACUUUGCUACUUCUUGCGGUUGCCUUUUGGCUGUUCAGACUAUCUCGAGCGAUGGUGGUUCUCUCACGAUUCUGGGAAACGAGACAGUUCUACGAAACAGCUUUGGCUAUUCCGACUAAAGAGCUCGCUAAUUUCACCUGGUUCGAUAUUCUGGAUCAACUUAAAAGGGUUCAAUGUGAUCAGCAAAUGUGUAUACACAAACGUGAAUUAACAUCUCUUGAUAUUUACUCGAGAAUUUUGAGGUUCAAAAAUUACGAAAUUGCUAUGGUCAAUAAGGAUAUUCUGCCUGUUAAAUUUGACAUCCCAUGUUUUGGACAGUACACAUUUAUGAGUCAGAGUUUGAAACUGAACUUUGGGCUAAUUUUAUUCUGGGGUCCAGGGGCGCCUUUUUCGAACAACUGGAGUUUGAAAGACGUGUACAAGCGGAAGGUAGCGAGGGUCCAAUUGGCCAAAGAAAUGUCCAAACGCAUUCUUCUGGCGGGCUUGAUUAAUUUGAUACUGUCGCCUGUUAUAUUUUUCUAUCAGCUUUUACUCUCAUUUUUCAGCUACGCCGAUCUGAUCAAAAGAGAUCCAUCGAGUCUCGGAAUGCGAAAAUGGUCUCUUUACAGUCGUCUUUACUUAAGGCAUUACAAUGAGUUAGAGCACGAGUUUAAUGCACGCUUGGCUAGAGCAUACAAGCCUGCGACCAUGUAUCUGAACUGUUUUGUCUCUACUUUUGCUUCCAUCAUAGCACACAAUGUUGCCUUUUUCGCUGGAUCCAUAUGCGCUGUGGUGAUUUUACUCGCGAUUAUUGACGAGGAUGUUUUACAAGUGGAUAAUGUUAUUACAUUACUAACUGCUACGGGAAUCGUAACCGCUAUUUCUCGUGUUUUUAUCCCGGACGAGAAUUUUAUAUUUUGUCCUGAGCUUUUACUGAAGAGUGUAUUGGCGCAUAUACAUUAUAUGCCGGCAACAUGGCGAGGGAAGGCCCACACGUCUGAUGUUAGAGAUGAAUUUUCGAAGUUUUUCCAACUGAAACUUGUGUUUUUUAUCGAAGAACUCGUCAGUCCAAUUGUGACACCUCUGAUUCUGCUGUUUGCACUGCGACCGAAGGCCCUCGAAAUUGUGGACUUCUUGAGGAACUUCAGCAUUGACGUCGCAGGAGUCGGGGAUGUUUGUUCAUUCGCACAGUUAGACGUGAACAAACACGGCAACCCGCACUGGCUAGACAAAGAUGACGUCAUGCCGAAUGAACACGACGAAGAAGAAGAAGAAGAAGACAUGCCGAAAGAGUCGAUACGAGUGGGACCUUCUCAGGCUAUGCAGUCGGAGGACGGCAAGACUGAAUUGUCAUUGGUCAAUUUUGCACUCACGAAUCCAAAUUGGCGCCCGAGUCAGGCCUCGGAAGUGUUUUUAACGAACUUGAAAGGACAAGUUAGAAAAGACGCGAGUAUGAUGAUAAGUGUAAGAAACAUAGAGAACAGUGGGUUCCUACACUCCAUGCAAAACUCGUCCCUCUUCAUGCAGCCUUUGUCGAUACCGCCUGCGAUCAAGGAAAGCAUGCUUGAAAGUGUUGCGUUAUCACAACGCAGAGAUUCCAAUUUUUCGUCUCAAGGCGCCCAGACUAAUCUACCUCUCAAAGGCCCAGGAAUCGCGGGUAAAAUUGGACCACUUCAUCAAGUGAACAUGACCUCGGAUUCCUCGGCUAGUGUGUAUAUCUCCCAAACAUCGAAUUUUGAGUCGGGGAACCAUGUCAUUACAGAGCGGUCUGUGCUCUCAAUGGCUGCUUCGUUGACCAAUCAGAAUCGAUCUGGUCCCGGUAUGCUUAACUCACAAUCAGAUGUUAAUCUGAACGAGACGAAUGUUCUAAGCCUUGAAAUGUCUGCUACAGUGUUGAAACUACACGACAGAUUUCACCAAAAUGCUGCCUCUAAAUGCAUAAUAGCCUCGGAAUCUUUUCAAACUGUGGACGAUGAAAUAAACACGAACCAGUAUCAGAAUCAAAACCAGACCACGUCGGUUUCUCUUCCGACGAACGAGUAUCGCCAAGGGCUGCUUGCGGCGACUUGGGCUAAUCGGAAUAGUAGCCAAUCAAAUGCAACUAUCGGAUCAGGCGAUCGAGGAGAUGUCAAUCAAACUACAACUGAUGAGGAAAACUUGGAUGACUUCGACUUCACCCUAACACCCCUGGACAAACCGAAUGUCGUUUGAUAAAUUGGAGAAUAUUUAGUUUAGACAAAACAUUCGAAUAACUUUUCAAGGCGGAUAACUUUUGAUCAUUUUUCAAUUAAUUUAGUUUACAAGGUUAGUUAAAGAGAAAUACAAAGUGGCUGCUUUAUCUAAAUAAUAAUUUAACGUCUAUUUG